CAUAAUAUAUAUGCUGCUCACUGCAGUUGCAAGACAUUGUCCUCGACCAAACUGCACUGUAGCUUUCAUUAUAACCACUGCAAAAAAAAUUGCUUGCUGAAACAAAAUGGAUUGGAUGGAGCCGAUUCCAGCGUUGUUCCUCUUUAUCCUUAUGGUUUACCUUGUUUUGAAACUGGGCACUUUCUGGAACAAGAGCUCCCAAAAUCUUCCACCAGGACCAAGGCCUUUACCUCUCAUUGGGAAUCUCCACAUCAUGGAUCUCCAGAGGCCUCACAGAACCAUGUUAAAGUUGUCAAAGCAAUAUGGCCCUGUCUUCAGCAUCCAAAUGGGACCCCGGAAAAUUGUGGUGUUGACAGGAUAUGAGACAGUAAAGGAAGCUCUGGUUAAUCAGGCGGACGCAUUUGCUGACAGGCCUACCUUUGCAUUAUUUCAAGAGCUUGCAGAAGGCUUUGGUGUAAGUCUGUCUAAUGGUGAAAACUGGAAAGUGAUGCGGCGGUUUGCUUUAAGCACAUUACGGGACUACGGAAUGGGAAAGAGGACCAUAGAGGACAGAAUUGUUGAGGAAUGCAGUGUCCUGAUAAAUAAAUUUGAAUCUUACAAAGGAAACCCAUUUGAGACCACCACAAUUAUGAAUGCAGCUGCUUCCAAUAUUAUAGUGGCCAUACUACUAGACAAGCGAUUUGAUUAUGAAGAUCCCACAUACAUAAGACUUCUGAAGUUGGUCAAUGAAAAUAUCCGGCUUUUCGGAAGCUCUUCAGUCACGCUGUAUAACAUGUUUCCUGCUCUUGGAUUUCUUUUGGGGGCUUAUAAGACUGUCAUUCAAAACAGAGAUGAGCUGUUUGCCUUCAUAAAUGCCACUUUCAUAAAACACCUCAGAGAUCUGGAUGAAAAUGACCAGAGGAGCUUUAUUGACUCAUUUCUUAUCCAACAGCAAGAGGAGAAGAAGAAGAACAAGACGAAUGUAUAUUUCCACAACAAAAACUUAACAGUUAUUGUGGCCAACUUAUUUGCUGCUGGCACAGAGACCACUGCUACCACACUGCGCUGGGGACUGUUACUAAUGAUGAAAUAUCCUGAAAUUCAGAUAAAGGUCCAAGAAGAAAUUGCAAGGGUUGUUGGAUCUUCUCAGCCAAGGAUUGAACACCGAACAAAAAUGCCUUAUACGGAUGCCGUGAUCCAUGAGAUCCAGAGAUUUGCUGAUAUUGUGCCAACCAACCUGCCACAUGCCACGGCUACAGAUGUUACCCUCAAUGGCUACUUCAUUCCAAAGGGGACAUACAUCAUGCCAUUGCUGUCCUCUGUGCUGCACGAUGAAUCUCAAUGGGAGAAACCACAUAAAUUCUAUCCAGAACAUUUUCUUAAUUCUGAUGGAGAAUUCAUAAAGAGAGAUGCUUUCAUGCCUUUCUCCGCAGGUCGGAGAGCAUGUUUAGGUGAGACUCUUGCCAAAAUGGAGCUCUUCCUCUUCUUCACAAGUCUCCUGCAGAAAUUCACCUUCCAGCUACCCCCUGGAACAUCUCAAGAAGACCUGGACCUUACUCCUGCUAUUGGGCUUACAACAUCACCCAUGCCCCACCAGCUCUGCGCUCUGCCACGUUUCUAAGACUCACAAGCUCCUGGCUUGCUUAGCCUAACUGUGUGUGCAAUGCAAGCCUUUCUUAAAACACCCCUGUUCAACAAGGGUAUUUGGGUUGAGUAGCCCACAGGUAGAAUUGAUCUGUGCUUUGUCACAAACCUUAAGUGUUCCCCUUUACCUGCCUUAAUGCUGAAUCCCGUGAAACUAGCAUUGGAGCAUCUCUUACUUAAAAUCUGGCCCUGAGUUCUUAUGACACUUCAGGCAUAGACAUCAACCAACAAAGCUGGUUCAUUUAUUCCCAUGUUAACAUUUACCUUCAAAGGUCUUGAAGCAUCAUAUUCCCAAGUAGAUGUGCUGAGAAUUGUGACCAAGACGAUAAAGUGUCUGGAAACCAUGCCUUAUGAGGAAUGGUAGAGGAAGUUGGGUAUGUUAACAUCUGUGGCUGCAGUGUAUUCUGAUUCUGAACUGUAUUUGUUGAUGUCAGGCAAUGGCUUUGUUUCCUCCGGGUUCUUUAAAAAAUCUGUCAUAAUAGAUCUGUCAACUGGGUUUGCUUCUGGAAUCUCCAUGCUGUCAAUUAGUUCAGUGACUUUUUGCUUCUGGCUUAGAAUAAAACAACCAUCUUCCAUCUUCUCUCUGUAUCUGAAUGAACUUUCUCUGAGAGUCUGGGUAGCUUAAGGCUUCCCUCAUCUACAGAAUUCUGACUGGUCAUAUGAAAAAUAAAAAUGGCAGAAAUAUGUCAAAAUCAAAAUCAAAACUUCAAUCUCCACAAGAGGAAAAACUCAAUACCUUCUCUGCCUAGCUUCUGCUCUGAAAGGGAAGAGGGAGCUAAUCCCUUUCACAACAGAGACAAGGGAAGUCACCAUGGUCUCAUCAGGAAAUAGAAAAAAUGUCUGGUUUGAAUCUCUCUUCUCUCUUAAGAAAAUCCAGCCACACCCACUAUAAUACUUUGAAUUUUGUCUUCACUGGGCCCCAUAACCUUUGUAGGAAUGGAUUUAGGCACUACGAGAAGAUGCAUUGCUUAGUUAUUAUCCUUCCUUGCUCAUAUUGUUGCAUGUCAUAUGCUCUAAUGCCACCAUGUUAAACAGUU